AUGAGUUUCUUGGGUUAUGGUGUGGUUCUUGUGGGGUUCUUGGUGGUUCUGGGAGAGGGGAGGCGUUUGAACACGGUGGCACCGCCCCCCGAGGGGGAGAGGUUCAUCACCUGGGAUGAUCUGAAACUGGGUAGUGAUGGGUUUGGUUUGGAUUUGGAGGUGGUGAUGAGGGAAGAUGGGAAUGGGAGUAGGAUUAUAGUGGUUGAUCAGAAUGGGAAAGGGGAUGUUAGUACAGUUCAGGGUGCUGUUGAUAUGGUGCCAGAACAUAAUUCUCAGAGAAUCAAGAUUUGCAUUCUUCCUGGGAUUUACAGAGAAAAAGUGCAUGUUCCGGCUUCAAAACCAUACAUCUCCUUCAUCGGAGACUUAGAUGACCCCUCAAAAACCGUUAUCUCAUGGCACGACAAGGCCUCCGACAGCUAUGGAAAUGGGACAGAGUUAGGGACUUCAAGAACAGCCACUGUCCAAGUAUUUGCUAGUUACUUCUGUGCAACAGGGAUCACAGUCGAGAAUACAGUGGUUGCAGUGCCUGGAGGGGAAGGGAUGCAGGCGGUUGCGAUGAACAUAAAUGGGGAUAGAGCAGUGUUCUAUAAAUGCAGGUUUUUGGGAUCACAAGAUACACUUCUGGACGAUAUCGGGGUGCAUUAUUUUUACCAGUGUUACAUUGAAGGAAUGAUUGAUUUCAUCUGCGGCAAUGCCAGAUCACUCUAUCAGGAUUGUGUUAUCAAUUCAGUAGGGUCAGGAGCCAUUGCAGCCCAGCACAGGAACUCACCAAGUGAGAACACAGGAUACUCAUUUGUGAACUGCAAAAUCACUGGAAAUGGGAGGACUCUACUGGGGAGAGCCUGGGGGGAGUUUUCUCGAGUGGUUUAUGCCAAGUGUGACAUUGAUGGAGUUAUUCUGCCUUGUGGAUGGGGAGAUUGGAACAUACCGUCGCGACAGAGGAACUCUGUAUUUGCAGAAUACCAGAACAGAGGUCCAGGGGCAAAUAGAGAUGGCAGGGUGCCAUGGAUGAAGAGCUUGAGUGAUACAGAAGCAAGGCAAUACAUGGAUACAGCCUUCAUAGAGGGAGAGCAAUGGCUGAGAUUAUAG